AUGUCUGUGUAUUCAGGUUUCAGUACUCGAUAGCAGGAAACAAUUUACAAUAAAUUAUUGGAAAAAUCUCUUAUCUUGAUGUGUCAUCGAAUCGCACCAAAGAGUCCAUAAUCUCUAUUGAGUUUUUCAAAUUUGCAAAUAAUAAAGGAGGAGGAUUUACAAGAAUCGGUCGAAAAGUUUAUUGAUGAUAAUCAAAUAACUUAGAGAAAUACUAGAAACAUUCCUAACACCUAGAUCCAAAUGAAAUAGUAUCUCAAUAGCACUCUGGAUAAUUAACAGAUCGCAUAGGAUUAAAUAUCGAAGAAACCAGUUUAGUCUCCAUACAAAACUAUUGAUAUGCAUUCCUCAGACAAACAGAAAUACAUGGAGAACACUCUCUUAAAUGAAAUCUAAUUUUCUAUCAAUGGAUCUCCUCUUAGUUCUGUUGAGAAAAUAAAUCAGAAUCCACUUAAUCAGAUUAAAUCAUAAUAAUAAAUAAGUAAGCAACCUACUUUUGAGUCUGUAGAAGAAAGAGUAAAUUAUGAUUUAGAUUAGCUAGGCAAAUCACAAAACAAGGAUAAGAUUAAAAAUCAACUUUAAUAAUCAUCUUUCCAAUAAACCAAUAAUGUUAAAUGA